CGUAAAGAGAAAAUAUGGGGGGGGGGGGGGGGGGGGGGGGGGGAAUUAAAAGUAAAAAAAAGUGCAUCAAAUUCAAAUGAAAUCCCUUUUGGCUUUUAGUUUGCAACUCCGCGAAGUUGAAUUUCAGAUCGAUCUGCACAUUCCGCCGGCCAAUCAGAAGAUCUCCAUGCCCGAUUCCGGGCGGCAAGGCAUUCGUCAAACACCGGUAAGCAAAUAGAAUAAGCGAAGUAAUUUCAAUGGGCGAUUCCCUGGUUUCCGAGUCUAAGAGCGGCGCGGACGCAGCAAGAAUGGGGGAAGUUAAGGCGUGGCUCGCAUCUCAAUUCGAGGCGAUCGGUAAAGAAGUUCCGGAUUUCGAGUGCACACCUCGCACCAUCGCUCAUUUCCACGACCUAGCCACCGUCUCUCAGGCAAAGACCAAGGCGGCGAACAUCGUGGCCGCCGAUUUCCGCCAGAAAGCCGCCGAGUACCGUGCACAAGCUGCGAGGAUUAGAGAGAUAUUGGAGCAUGUUGGACUAGCACAAGAGAGUUUGCCUUCCAAUGUGGUGGGUUCGGCUCAAGUUCUUGCAAAUGUGGCGAACUUGUUGAACAUUAGAGACACUGAACUAAGCAGUUUUUUAGUAGCAGCUGCUGACAUUUCCUUGAGAAAGACUGGUGUAGAGGAAAAGAGGGCUAAAGUUCGGAGCGAUUCCAAAGUUCUGCUGGAGUACACACGAAAGGCGAUUGCGAGGCUUACGUACUUAAAAAGAACCCUUGCACAGCUCGAGGAUGAUGUUGCCCCUUGUGAGGCUCAGAUGGAUAGUUGGAAGACCAAUUUGGCUGUAAUGGCUUCAAAAGAGCGACAGUAUUUUCAACAGCAUUCCAAUUACAAGGCGCUUCUGAACCGUGUAGGAUACACGCCGGAGAUCAACCACAGGGUGCUGGUGGAAUUAGGAGAGCGCAGAAAGGAGCUCGAGAAGGAGACCAAACCCAUCUUGGAUACACUGAGGAGUUACCAGGACUUGCCCGCGGACAAAGCUCUGGCGGCACUGGCGAUCGAGGAGAAGAAAAGACAGUACGCAGCCGGCGAGAAGUAUCUUGCAGACCUUGUCCAGGCCCUGGCAAUGCAACCCUGAAACGUACCUUUACAGAGAAGCUUCUUUUGUAGUUACUCUCUCACUGGCUUCUUAUUGGUUGUGGAAGUCGCCGGCGAGAACCAGAGAAUGGGAUAAUGCAGAAGUCACAUGGCUGUCGUGGUUGCUGAUGAGGUGGACGGGCUGUGGAUUGAAUCGAGGCUGAGGUGGAUUCCACGUCAAGUGAAGCCAGUGGACACGUGGCGUGAAAGCAGGAACGUUACGUAAUACUUUGUCAGAGAGGCUACAAACUCACCGGCCCAAGCAGACGGCUCCCACCCACACGGUCCAGUCCAGGCCCAAUAUCCCAUCUCAAUCCCUCUCUGUUUUUUUUUUUUUUUUGGUCUAAGCCAACAAAAAGCGGUUGGCUGGCUUUUGCCGGCGAGAAGAGUACACGUAAAACAUAAACCUUUUUAUCAUAUCCUUUGCUUUCCUUUCUAGCUAGGCUUUCUCAGGAACACAAAGCAAACCCCUGAAAGAAAAGAAAAAAAAAAGCACUCAACGGAAGAAGGAAAAAGAAAGGGUAGACAUGGCGUCGAGUAGCGGCGGCGGGAUGUCGAGGGAGACGCAGAUGUCGAUCGAGGCGUCGUCGAUGUUCCCCGGGUUCAGAUUCUCGCCGACGGACGCCGAGCUCAUCUCUUACUACCUGAGGAAGAAGGUCGACGGCGACGAGAAAUGCGUGGAGGUGAUUCCUCAGGUGGAGAUCUGUCGGCACGAGCCAUGGGACUUGCCAGGUUUCUUUUCUCUCUUCCGACCUUCGCUUUGUCCAUUCCCAACAACUAUCCAUUUUUAAAUGCUAAUAAUAGCUUCACUGUUUA